AUGCCCGCCAUUACACAACCCGCGAUGCAGUCCCUCCAGAGCAUCAAGCGCGCGCUCAACGACCCGGAAACCGCAAACCAGCUCCUCAGCCUCAUCGCGCGCAAGACCAGCAAAGUCGGCAAGAAGAAGAGCAAGAAGAUCAAGGGCGGCGCGAUCGCGGGUAUCGUGAUUGGCGUCAUCGUGGUCAUCAUCAUUGCGGUUAUCAUCCUGCUAUUGUUGCGCCGACGCGCGAAGAAGAGGCAGAUUACCAACGGGCCGCAGAUGGGCAGUGCGCCGGCGGCAAGGGUUUAA